AAUUUGCCUUGCCCCAAACCAAUCGCCUAUAAAGUGUCCCAAAGCACACAUACAUCUUUCACCUACCAAACCAUUUCCAUACUCCAACAACAAUGGCUUCUCCAGACAUUCCCAAGUCCUACAAGGCGGUCAUCUACGACAAGCCCGGCGAGAUCUCCACCAAGAUAGUCGACCUCGACACACCCACUCCCGGCCCCGGCGAGGUCCUGAUCAAUCUUACCCACAGCGGUGUCUGCCAUAGUGAUCUGGGUAUCAUGACAAACAGCUGGAAAGCCCUCCCUCACCCCACCCAAGCCGGCCAAGUCGGCGGCCACGAAGGUGUUGGCAAGAUUGUAGCAAUGGGACCAGGAACUGAGAAUGCUGCCGUCAAGGUCGGCCAAAGAGUUGGAGUCAAGUGGAUCAGUGGCAUCUGUGGAGGAUGCCCAGCUUGCUUGUCUGGACACGACGGCGUUUGUUUCAACCAGAAGGUAUCUGGAUAUUACACUCCCGGCACAUACCAACAAUAUGUUCUCGGUCCUGCCGACUAUGUUACUCCCAUCCCUGAUGAACUGGACUCAGCAGCAGCUGCACCGAUGCUCUGCGCAGGUGUAACAGUCUACUCCGCCUUCCGCAAAUCCACCGCCCAAUCCGGCGACUUCGUCGUCCUCCUCGGCGCCGGCGGCGGCCUCGGCCACAUCGCCACCCAAAUGGGCUCCCGCGGCAUGGGCAUGCGCAUCAUCGGCAUCGACCACGGCAGCAAAAAAGACCUCGUCCUCUCCUCAGGCGCCGAACACUUCAUCGACCACACCACCAGCAAAGACGUCACAGCCGACGUGCAAGCUCUGACCGGCGGAUUAGGCGCACAAGCAGUUCUCGUGCUCACAGCGGCUAAUGGCGCUUAUGCUAGUGGAAUGCAAUUGUUGAAGUUCGGCGGUACGUUGGUUUGUGUGGGGUUGCCUGAGGGUGAGUUGCAGCCGAUCGCUACUUGUUUCCCUCAGGUCAUGGUGGCCAAGGAGCAAAAAGUCGUUGGCUCAGCUGUGGGAAACAGAAAAGAAGCUAUUGAGACUUUGGACUUGGCUGCCAGAGGCAUCAUCAAGACGCAUUACCGAACAGCCAAGAUGGAUGAGUUGACGACUAUCUUCCAAGAGAUGAAUGAUCAAAAGAUUCAGGGUAGAGUGGUCUUGGAUCUGCAGUAAAUGGCUGCAUGUUUUGGAAAUCUUGAUUUAGUUGUUGGAUAUCACUGUGGUCGCUGGUCGACUGGAACUUGGGAAUAUUGUUACCUCUAUGGUUAAGUAUGGUAUGCUUAUAUAUUGAAGUAUGAUGAAACUGUAUAUCUUCCUGGU